ACUCGGCCUUUGGACUUGACCGACGCUGGGGGCAGAUGGCCGAUCUCUCAGGCGUCAGCUGUUUACAAGCACGGAUGAAAGACUCGGUGUGUUGGACACUGAGUCUCACGCACAGCUCACAGAGAGGAACUACACUGUCCACAGAAGAUCCUCAACAACUCCUCACUCAUAGGAAUUUGUGGACUUUUGAAAUUUGACGUCAUUUUUCGGAGAUAUGAAUCGCUGGAGGUAGACCACAACUGUUCUUGCUGCAUUGCAAGCUCAUAUGUAAAGGGAGAAUAUCGAGUUCUCAGGAGAAUCACUCUCCUGCUAAAGCUCCUCUAAUGCCAUUUGCUGACUAUGGGAUCCACCUUGAACAGCUUAAAAUGUCGCAACAGUAGCACAUGCUGCAGGUGCAAAACAGGAAACAUUUCAAUGCAUACUUCCUCUUUUCCUGGUCCUCACAUGAGGGACGUUCCAGUGUUUCUCGUCCAGUAAACUGAGCAGGCUCAUGAGCAAAUCACCUGCCCAGCGAAAAAAGCAAUAAUCCUGUGAGAUGGCAGUCACUUCAUUUUACGUUGCUGAGGAGACAGGAGCUGGCUCAACGGAAUUGGACAUCUGCACUUCUGGGAUUAAUAUACAACAUGAAGCCCUCCCCUCUUUUGUCGCCUCCUUUUGCCUUUCAUUUGGCCUCAUCUAUUGCUUUUUUGGAUACAGAUGCUUCAAGAUGGUCAUGUUCCUCUCGGGCUUUAUGUCUGGCUCAGCAGCUGUGCUCCUCGCCUAUUACAUUGAGCCUGGAUUAAACCCCCAGCUGGGGGAGGAGACGAAGGCCAGCAUUGGCCUGGGAGUGGGGGGGCUGUGCGGACUGGUGACCAUGAUGGUGCCCACGCUCGGACUCCUCCUCUGCGGCCUGCAGCUGGGGAGCCUCCUCUCCCUGUCCAUCCUGGUGGUCAUCGCUCAGUUUCACAGCUUCACCCCGGUGUGGGUGCCUCUCGCCGUGGUCCUUUCUGCUUCCAUCCCCACUGCCUUGUUCACGCUGCAGUGGCAGAAACUGUUCGGCAUCAUCUACACAUCUGUGCUGGGAGCGACAGUUGUCAUGCUGUGUGUGGACUACAUGGUCGGUACAUUUAUGCUGCCAGAUCAGGUGGAUGAGAUUUUCUGUCAAGCUGCCCCACGUCCACUCUGCUGGUACAACUGGGCCAUCACUGGAAUCAGUCCAGUUUUGAGUCUCAUGGGUGUGUUGGUGCAAUGCUGGUUGACAGCAAAAGGAGUGUCCCACAAAGCAACAGUGCAUAAAAAACAGAAGAAAAACAACAAAAAGAACAAAUACAGAGAGUCGGGAAAACCUCAUCCGUACCGGCGUCGCAGGCCUCCAGUGCUGAAGCGUUACACAGGGGACGUCCUGGCUCCGAAGAUCUUGUCUGUCCUCCAGAGUUAUCUCCAGAGCCUUCAGGAGCGUCAGAUGGGAACAGGCUCCUCCACCAGCAGCGUCAGCACCAUCGCACACACUUUAAUUGACUUUGACUUUGACACGGGUUCCUUGGUGCCUCUGACAGCUGCUUCACCCGUCUUCUCAGUCUGAGCAUCAAGUUACUGUAAACUGAAAGUAUCCAUACAGCAUUCUGUGACCUUUGAGGGAUGAAAUGGUCGUUCUGACAUUUUCUCACAAUUUGAAUGUUAUUUGUUAGAAAAUUUCAAUGUGAAAAGUUACAAGAAGAAAAAAGUCAAGCAAACCCAGUCAUUAACUGCCUUUUUACAUAAUUAUUCGAGCAGAUUAUCGUAGACUUCUUCUUAGACAGACUGGUUUACUUGACUACACUAUGAAGAAUGCGUUUUUAUUCUUUGAAUAGCUUUUAAGUUACUGGAUACUCUCAGGGAUUUAAUGCAUUUACAUUUUUUUUGGCACUAAUCAGCAUUCAACCCAGCCGUACACAACACAUAGUACAACACAAUUGUUUGCAAGUCUUUAAUUUUUAGGAAAGCAUAGGUUUUCACUCUUUCAUUUUCUUAUACAAGUAAAGUCAGAAUUCACAUGACUGAAUAUUUCUACCACUGAUGGUUCAGGUUUCCAGUAAUCCAGUGGUCAUUCUCUUCAAAAAAGGACUUUAAAAUGUCAUCAACCUUAAAGAAAACAAUGAAGUUUUAUACUAAAAUUGCAAACUAUUUCCUGUUUGCAGGUUCAUUUUUAGAUGUAUUUAGCUGAUGAACAGAUUCAGUGAUUCAGAUUCAGAGAUUUGAUUGAAAAUAAAGGUGCUUGGAAAUUU